GACUCAGCCCAGCACCCAUGCCAAGUCCCAGGCAGCUGGGAAGUGGGAGGAGCAGGCAGAGCCCACAGAGUGCUCUGGAGGGCAGAGGGGCCAUCAGUGGGACAGAAGCCCCUCCUUUCUCUUUCUGUACCCCCUGGACAACCCACACAACCAGAGAAGGGAGGGAACCACUCCUCCCUGACCAGAGUGGGCAGACGGGACAGGGUCCUGGCCCUGCCCCUGCUAUCGGGCACAAGGGCGUGUCCGGGCCAGGUGGGGUGCAGCUGCCAUGGAAGCCUGAAGCCCCUCUCGGCGCCCCCAACACAGCCAUGGCUCCCAAGCGCAAGUCCGCUGUGCAGGCUGAGGGCCCUGAGAUGAAGAAGGGACGGCAGGGGGCAGAGGAGGACAGCUUCCGCUCCACCGCUGAGGCCCUCAGGGCCGCACCCACAGAAAAGCGUGCAGUCCGGGUGGACCCCGUGUAUCUCAGGGACAAUCCCGGGACCCAGGCCCAGGUGCACGGAGACUAUGACUGCACCCUGAACCAGACCAACAUCGGGAGGAACAUCAACAAGUUCUACAUCGUCCAGCUGCUGGAGGACGGUGAACGCUUCUUCUGCUGGAACCGCUGGGGCCGCGUGGGCGAGGUGGGCCGGACAAACGCCAGCAACACCAAUUCACUAGACAAGGUAAAGAAGGAGUUUGAGAAGAAGUUUCGGGACAAGACCAAGAACAGCUGGGCAGAGCGGGACCGCUUUGUGGCGCAUCCCGGCAAGUACACGCUGAUCGAAGUGCAGGGCGAGGACGAGGCCCAGGAGGCUGUGGUGAAGGUUGACGGAGGCCCGGUGAGGACCAUGGCUCAGCGGGUGCGGCCCUGCUCCUUGGACGCAGCCACACAGAAGCUCAUUACCAACAUCUUCAGCAAGGACAUGUUCACAGACGCUAUGGCCCGCCUGAACCUGGAUGUGAAAAAGAUGCCCCUGGGAAAGUUGAGCAAGCAGCAGAUCGCACGGGGCUUCGAGGCCUUGGAGGCCCUGGAGGCGGCCCUGAGGGCCCCCACCGCUGGGGACCCCAGCCUGGAGGAGCUGUCCUCCCGCUUCUACACUGUCAUUCCCCACGACUUCGGCCGCAGCCGGCCCCCGCCCAUCAACUCCCUGGAGCUUCUGCAGGCCAGUAUUCUGGACCUGACCAUCAUGGAGCUGGACCAGAGCCUGCAGACAGUGCCCGAGGAGGAGGAGAACUUACAGGAGGUGCCACACCAACUGGACAGAUACUACCAGCUCCUCAGGUGCCAGCUCCAGCUUCUGGACCCAGAGGCGCCUGAGUACAAGGUCAUCCACGCCUACUUAACACAGACGGGCAGCAAAUACAGGUGCCCUGCCCUUCAGCACGUCUGGAAGGUGAACCGAGAAGGGGAGGGAGAUCAGUUCCAGGCCCACUGCAAACUGGAAGAUCUAAGUAAGCGGUGGCACGGCACCAACGUGGCGGUGGUGGCCGCCAUCCUCGCCAGCGGGCUCUGCAUCGUGCCACAUUCUGGUGGCCUCGUGGGCAAGGGCACCGACUUUGCCUCGGACAGCAGCAAGUCAGAAGGCUUUGGAAUGUCCUAUGGGGACCAACCCAUCAACUACAUGUUCCUGGGGGAGGUGGCUCUCGGCAGGGAGCACCCUGUCACCACGGAACAGCCCACCUUGAAGAAGCCACCCCCCGGCUUUGACAGUGUCAUUGCCCGAGGCCACACAGAGCCUGAUCCAUCCCAGGACACGGAGCUGGAGCUGGAUGGCCGGCGAGUGGCGGUGCCCCAGGGCCAGCCCACGCCCUGCCCCGAGUUCAGCGGUUCCUCGUUCUCCCAGAGCGAGGACCCCAUCUCCCAGGAGAGCCAGUGCCGCCUGCGCUACCUGCUGGAGCUGCGCCUCUGAGCUGCGCACCCUCCCCACGCUGUCAGCCUUCACCUUCCUGCCCACCUCUGGCACCCCCAAGUCACCGCUGCUUGCCCCCCAUCUCCCUGCUGUGUUCAGGACAGGGAUCCCCUCUCCCUCCCCAGCCCUAGUGGGGCUGCGGUCCCAGAGUCUGGACCGAAGCUAAUGGGUGGGAUGGACUGGCAGCAUCACUGGGCCGUGGGUGCACCUGUUCCCGCUGUGUAGUUAGAAGGGUGCAGGGUGAGAGUGGGCCGACCCCAUACCCACCCGGGCCGUCAUCCCGGCCCAGGCUGUGUGGUCACCGACGCAGGCUGAACUUCGGGCACGCACGGGCAAGUGCAUUAAACACUGUCUUUGCUCA